ACCAUGUGCUACGUGAACAGCAUUUGCCAAUAUUAUGCCAAUCGCUCCCCCAAGAAGUUUGUGAAUAUAGUUCAUCCACUGGCGACUAUCUUCGUGGUGGCGGGAAUAUCCUUUUUCUUCUCGGUGCAAAUGUUUUACAUCGCACCUCGAGUGUACAAGGACAUGGCCUACGAGCUCUACUGGCUGCUGGCCAUCUUUAUAAUGCAAAAUAUACUAGGCAACUGGUGGGCCUGCUAUAGAACCAGCUCAUCGGUGGAGAGUCUGCCCAAGGAUUCCCAAAAACCGGUUCCGGAGGAGGAGCACCUGUGGCGCUUCUGUGAAUCCUGUAAGAAGCUCAUGCCUCCCAGGUCCUGGCACUGUGCACUGUGUAAAUGCUGCAUUCUGAGGAGGGACCACCACUGCAUUUUCACCGCCACCUGCAUUGGGCACAAUAAUCAGCGAUACUUCUUCUGGUUUGCAUUCUACUUAACAUUUGGCCUUGUCGUGAGCUUUGUCACCUUUUGCCUAUACUUAAGAACGACUGGCUGUAAUUUGUUUGUGUUGCCUGACCUGUACUCGAAUAUGAUUUUGGAGUUCUUGUGCACACAUCGCAACACUACCUCAGGCGGCAGUGUCUUUCAGACCAUAACCUACGUACUGAACGUUUUCGCCCUGGUUAUUCCUGGCUUCAUGCUGGCAUAUCAAGUACAGAUCUUGUGGCUUAACUCUAGUUACUACCAAGUGUUUGAUAGGGUCUAUGAUUUGGGCUUCCUCGAGAACUGCAAGCUUAUCAUGGGCCAGCGAGGACUCUGGACAUUCCUAACUCCCUGGCUGAAGAGUCCUUUGCCCCACGAUGGCACUCAGUGGCAGAUGAAGCCACAGUCCCAUUGAAUUUAUUGCGGCCUUUCAACGAAAAUCCAAAAUUAAGAAGAUAAUACUAUGACUAACGUGCUUUUUAUGUAAAGAAUUAAGAAAAAUAUUUAAUUUUAUUAAAGGACCAUAUGAAAGAUUUCUUUCAUUAUAUUUCA